CAGGCUUGAAGUAUUACUUUACGUCUUCAGACCUCACAACCUUUCCACCGCUUCAAAAAUGGCCCUGCGCGCUACUCUUGCCAAGCCGGCUGUGCGCCCUCAGGUUGCACGGGCCUCCGUCAAGCCGGUGGCUGCCCUGAAGCCCGCUCACGCCAAGCUGGCCCUUGCCGGUGUUGCCUCUCUGGCGAUGCUGGCGUCGACCAACUCGGCUGAGGCCUCGCAGGUCAUCGCCACCGUUGCUAGCGCUGCUGAGGGCUACCCCUUCGUGCCCCCGGCCUGGGCUCCCUCGCUGUUCGUGCCCCUGACUGGCCUGGUUCUGCCAGCCAUCGGAAUGGCUACGCUGUUCGUGUACAUUGAGAAGGAGGCUCCCUCCUCGUAAAUGCGCCGAAGCGUGUGCUUGCACGUGACGCUCACGCCUGUGGCUCUCGUUUUGCUGCUUCAUCGAGGGAAGUGCUUAGCGAUGAUGUCUGGGCCUGAGUCUCUGUACAAAUAGCAAUUUGAGGCGGUAUGGGGAGGCUGUUCCCGACCUGACGGUUCAAUAUCGGCACGUCUUCACGGUCAUACGUGAAUGUGCGCCUGUCGCUCUGGCGUUUGUGACCGACUGCUAUGUCCUGGUUAAGGUUGCCGGGUGCUAUGCCCUCGUUGUCUUUUUGCGGGUUCGGACAGCCAGCAUUUUUUGGAGCCGUGGCGGUUCGGUAGGCCGUUUGAAGGAGAAGAGUGACACCUUUAUACCUGCGGGCACGUUGGCCACUGUAACCUGCGAUCCAUGGAUUGUGACCGUCAUCCUCAGCUAAGCACUAAGAGGGCGUUGGGUACCAUUGCAGAUGGGAACAUGCGCUUGCCGACGGGGAUACGAAAAUCUGUAAUGGCACGCACUGA